AUGACGACUGGCAAGCUAAAGGUUCCUGAACAAAUGGACAUCAUUAAGACUGCCAAGUUUAAGGAACUUUCGCCUUAUGACCCCAAUUGGUUCUACAUUCGUAGUGCGUCGAUCCUUCGUCACUCGUAUCACCGCAGUCCAGCUGGUGUGACUUCAUACUACAAUGAGACAACGUGGAUGAGUCCAACGCAAGGAGACACAAUUGUGGGUGAGGAUCCGGAUAAUGUGUCACUUGUAUCGAUUUUAUGUGUUGGUGUUUUCCUGUCAUUACUCAUAUUUUUGUCUGUGGCGGGGAAUAUCCUCGUUUGUCUGGCCAUCUAUACGGAAAGGAGCCUGCGAAGGAUUGGGAACUUAUUUUUGGCGUCACUGGCUAUUGCUGAUUUAUUUGUAGCGUCAUUAGUAAUGACAUUUGCUGGAGUCAAUGAUUUGCUGGGUUACUGGAUAUUUGGUGCUCAGUUUUGUGAUACUUGGGUAGCGUUCGAUGUAAUGUGUUCUACGGCGUCUAUUCUUAAUUUAUGUGCCAUUUCUAUGGACCGAUAUAUUCAUAUAAAGGACCCCCUGAGGUACGGCAGAUGGGUGACACGACGAGUUGCUGUUGUGACGAUAGCAGCCAUUUGGCUGCUGGCAGCUUUUGUUUCGUUCGUUCCAAUUUCCUUAGGACUCCAUCGACCCGAACAGCCACUGAUAGUGGAGGACAAUGGAAAGAAAUAUCCAACGUGUGCUCUGGACUUGACGCCAACCUAUGCUGUCGUAUCCAGUUGCAUAAGUUUCUAUUUUCCGUGUGUGGUUAUGAUUGGAAUCUAUUGCAGGCUAUAUUGCUAUGCACAGAAACAUGUAAAAUCAAUAAAGGCUGUAACUCGUCCAGGCGAAGUAGCGGAGAAGCAACGCUACAAAAGCAUCCGUCGACCGAAGAACCAAAAGAAGUUCAAAGUUCGUAACCUGCAUCAUUCCUCACCCUACCAUGUAUCCGAUCAUAAGGCUGCUGUUACAGUCGGUGUUAUUAUGGGCGUCUUUCUUAUAUGCUGGGUGCCGUUCUUUUGUGUGAAUAUUGUAGCGGCCUUCUGCAAGACCUGCAUAGGUGGACAGACAUUCAAAAUACUCUCAUGGCUUGGCUAUUCGAAUUCAGCCUUUAAUCCAAUUAUCUAUUCAAUUUUCAACAAGGAAUUUCGAGAUGCAUUCAAACGAAUUCUAACCACGAAAAAUCCCUGGUGCUGUCGACGUGAACCAGGCAACAUCCAUUCCAGGAAUAGUGACCGUUUUGUGACCGAUUAUGCUGCCAAAAACGUUUGCAUGAACUCUGGCCGUUCAUCGGCUGAACUGGAACAGGUAUCUGCAAUUUGACCAAAACGCUCUUUGGUCUGCUGUAUCUCAGCAUCGGCCUCGUCAUCCUUGUCCUAUGUUGAGUGAGACGAGGCCGAUACCGAA